UUUAGCAUUUCAGUGUUCUUAUCUAGGUAUUAUUAAUUCACGUAUUACACAAUCCGACAUAAAUAAUUGAUAGAUUUUCGUACAAGUUAUACGAGGUAUUAUUUAUGUGGGACGAAAAUGGUAACCAAGCGCUAUAUUAGUAAUAUCAAGCAUUGCAUUAGUUAGGUAGAGUUUUAUGCAUUGUUAGAAACCGAACAGGCUGUCAUUGUCUAACUUAAACAUGCGUAAGUGCUGAUUCUUUGACUUUGUCAUUCCAGAUUAGUUGAAAUGAUAUCAAACUUGAAGCGUUUCCCGUAUUUCUGGUGUUUGGGAGCUCAAAGGCGUCUGAAUGUGUGGAGGAGUUCUGUUUACUCUGUUUCUGAUGAUUUGUUGUGCAAUAGAUUUUGUACUGCGACUGAGACAAUUAAUCAGCAGCCAGAGGUGACCGAGUCACCAGAACUUCCAGAUUGGGUUAGAAUUCUAAAAAAGGAGGAAGCAGCGGUUGAACAGGAAGAUGAUGACUUCUUACUUCCCUCAUUCUCAGAAUGGGUUAAAAAUGAGAAGCUUCGUGCAAGAGAAGUUGAUGUGAAAGGUUUGGCAAGUGAUAUGACGGAGAACGAUGUUGAUAAGAUCAGCAAAGUACUGAGGUUUCAUUUCAAAUCACCCGAUGCUGCUGUAGAUGCGCUGAAUAAGUGCAGUUUUGAUGCUUCAGAGUGUCUGGUUGAGCAAAUUUUAAAGAGGUUCAGUUUUGAGUGGAUACCGUCUUAUGGAUUUUUUAAAUGGGUAAAAGUGCAAAAGGGUGUCACACUUUCCUCUGUCUUGUAUAAUCUAAUGGUUGACAACUUGGGAAAAUCAAGGAAGUUUGAUCUUAUGAGGGAAUUGUUGGACGAAAUGAGUCAACUACAAGGAUAUGUUUCAUUGACUACUAUGAGUAAAAUCAUGAGAAGGUUUGCCAAGGCUGGUAAAUACGAGGAUGCCAUAGGGGCAUUUGCACGAAUGGAGGAAUUUGGUGUAAAGAAGGAUACAAGUGCGAUGAAUCAAUUACUUGAUUCAUUGGUGAAGGGAGGAAGUGUGGAGCAUGCUCAUAAGGUUUACUUAGAUUUUAGGGAUCAUAUAGUUCCAUCAGUCCAGACAUAUAAUAUCUUAGUGCAUGGUUGGUGCAGAGCUAGAAAAAUUGAUGAAGCAAAUGAAAUGGUUACAGAUAUGGAAGAGCAUGGUUUUAGCCCUGAUGUGGUUACUUAUACUUGCUUCAUUGAAGCCUAUUGUCGUGAAAAAGACUUUCGCAAAGUUGAUUCUAUUUUCAAAGAGAUGCAGAUGAAGGGGUGCUCACCAAGUGUGGUGACAUAUACCAUAACUAUGAAAGCACUAGGGCAUGCAAAGGAAGUGAACAAAGCCUUGGAUGUAUAUGAGAAGAUGAAACAAACUGGUUGUGUUCCUGAUAAUUCGUUUUACAGCAGUUUGAUCCACAUGUUAGGAGCAACUGGGAGAGUGAAGGAUUCUUACGAUAUAUUUGAAGAUAUGCCAAAGCAAGGAGUUUCACCUGAUACGUUCACAUAUAACACCAUGAUUACAAUUGCUGCACAUAACUCUAAAGAAGAGGAUGCUUUAAAAUUUCUCCAGAAAAUGGAGGAGAAUCAAUGCAAGCCUGAUAUUUGUACUUAUGCACCAUUAUUUAAAAUGUGCUGCAGAAUGAGAAGACUGAAGGUUCUAUCCUUCUUACUGAACCACAUGUUCAAAAAUGACGUGAGCAUGGAUCUUGGAACAUAUGCUCUCCUGGUUCGUGGUCUUUGUAGGAAUAGGAAUCCUGAGCGUGCUUGUGCUGUUUUUGAGUUAGCAGUGUUACGAGGGUUCCUACCUACGGACAUCAUGUAUGAUAAUCUCGUCAAAGAACUUGAGAAAAGGGGUUUAAAGGAAGCAAAGAAACGUGUGGAAGAACUGAUGUUACAAGCUAAGCAGCAAGCAUCAGACAUUUCAUCUGAGAGACCUUUAAAGAUUGAAGAAUGAAUCCUUUGACCUUUAAAGAUUGAAGAAUGAAUCCUUUCGUGUUUAUAAGGGAAAUGUGUACAAUUCUUGUCCUUCUUUUAGUGACAUUUGUGGAGCUAGUUUAUCAGAGGCAUAUUUUAGAGCCCAUAAGAUACAUUCAGGAAGCUUUAGUGAGUAAAGCAAGAUCUGGUCAAGGACGCCAUGGUUUAUGUAAAAUCCCCUUGUAUAAUAGUUUGUCCAAAAUUUGGCAACUCUUUCCCUUUCUUUGUAGAGUAAUUAUAUAUCAGACCUCGUGAUAUUUCCUACUGGGCAUGAUUGAUUUGCUUCAAGAAUCAUGAUGAGUUCCGUCUCCUUGUUAAGUUCAAGAAAGAUGGUCAUGCUAGUUAAUAGAAAAUGGUGAGCCUGUGAGGACUCUCAAGCAGUGGUAAGCAAUAUCACUUGUAAUCAAUUCUUUUUUAGCAAGUGAAGUCUCUUUUUUGUUCCUUCUGAC